AUGCUAUGUGGGCACGGGUUGUUCCGAGCGUACCUACAUAAAAUAGGGAAAUUGGAGAAGCCAGACUGUGUGUACUGCGGAAACGACCGCGAUGACGCGCUCCACACCUUCUUUGAAUGUAGCAGGUGGAUAGAAGAAAGGCAAAAGCUGCAAAGCGAGGUCGGGGUUCUCACACCAGAGACAAUUAUCAAUGUGAUGCUCGGUAGCGGGGUUCACUGGGAAGUAAUAGCCAGUUAUGUAGAAACCAUUUUACGCCAGAAGAAAGUAGAGGAAACGAAGCUAGCAGCCAGGGAAACUGCAACAUGA